AUGUGCCCAGCUGCCCACUACCAUCGAGGUUUUAUACAAAUCACACCCAAAUUUCUCGACCUACAAGCUAAAACAUGCGAUGAUGAAUUGAAAGACUUCGUCAAAGAGAAAGCCCCCUUCAAGCUUAAUGACUACAAAAGUCACAGAGUUGCAAUAGAAGAUUCCCCAGAAACUGUCGUGGAGAAUUACAAAAAGUACAUGGAAGGACCCGAGAUGCCUAGUGAAGGUGACAAGAUGACACACGAGUUCUUGCAGUUUGGCAACAUUAAGCUGUCAAUAUUUACUCCCAAAAACCAACGUCCGCCCGCUGGGGGUCGUCCCUGUCUCUACUUCAUCCAUGGGGGUGGGUUCGUUGUCAACAACCAGUGCUCUGGUAUCACCUCAAUCUUUCCAUGUAUUGAUCGCUUGAAUGCGGUUUGUGUCUCCAUCGACUAUAGCGUUGCACCGGAAUGUAAAGCUCCGUCUCAGGUGGAACAAUGCUAUGAUGGGCUGCUGGCAUUUUGGAACAGAAAGAAAUAUUCUGGGGAGAUCAAUUUCGAUGAGGUGGCCGUCAUUGGCAGAUCUGCCGGUGCGGCCUUGUUAGUUGGAUUGAAUCUCAAGAUCCUUGAGGGUAAGGAAAUGAAGAUCAGGUGCAAUAUAAUGACGUUCCCCAUGGUGGACGACGCAUGCAACACGGGCUCACAUUCGAAGUUCCGUAAUGCACCAUUCUUGCCUCAUGAGACGGUAAAAGAUUGUUGGGGCCAUUAUUUGAAUCACAGAGGCGGUGACAAAUACGUCGUUCCUGGGAAAGCCACAAUCAAAGACUUGGAGGAAUUCCCACCCACGUUGGUGGAAGUAGCCAAAGCGGACGUUCUACAUGACGAAGGUGUUAACUUCUACGAGAAGCUUAACUCAGCUGGAGUUGGUAUUACCAUAAAAUCGUUCAACGGCUAUCACUGCUUUGAUAGCACAGAUACUGAAAUUAGUAAACGGGCAAAGAGAGAGCGCGUAGAGUUUUUGGAAGAGCAAGGAAUGCGUCCUAUCCGAUGA